AACGGCUCGAGGAAGCAACGAAAUAAAAAAAAACAUCGCUUCGUUGGAAUUGCCAAGUUCUCUUUUUCGCACGAUUGCUAAUCGAUUUGUUUCUUCUUACUCGAUGUAACGCGUUGCAGUGUGAAGAGCAUGAUUGUAUUUUUUCUUUUUUUUGGUACAAGUCGUAUACACGAGUACAUCCAAAAAAAGUUUAUCAUUGCAACCACGAUGUAUUUCAAGGACUCGGCAAUUAGUCCUCUCGAAUUUACCUAUAUAUAAUCGGAAUCGGCGAAAGCGUAUACACCUUUUAUAGAGCUUUGCACGAAACACGCACGUGUCCAUAAACUUACUUUACUUAUUCGCACGGCGAAUCGAUUGAUUCGCACACACAGGGUAUGAGGGUGAAUUACUCAAACAAAAAGUAGAAGCAAAAUUAUCAGGCCAAGUUCGGAUUAUUUAUGAGAGUUACACCGCGCGACUCAGAAUAGAAAAAGUAGUUUUUUUUUGUAUGAUUCGCGAAUGUAUAAAUCAGCAAAAUGGAUCACUGUAAACAUGUCAUGCCGCGCUCGGCUCCGAAAUUGCUUACCUAAAAUAUUGUCGUACCAGCCCGCCCUCCGAGCAGGACAAAUAGCCACGAUAAUAAACCUAAGUGCCUUUUCUUUGUUUUUUUUUUUUUUACUCAUUUUGUAUUUUUAAUCGAUGAAGUACGAAGUCGAACAAAUGCACAAUUUUACGAACGAACGCGAGACACAAGUUCCUGUAAAUAAAGAUUCGCAAACUUUAAUAAUAUUCUCGAAACAAUAAUGAAGUUUUUAAAAGGGCUCUGUAGAGGUACGAUAAGCAUGCGGUGCAUAAAAGACGCCCGUCAGUCGCGCGCGCGCGAGCGGAAACAAAAAAAAGCUCGCGUCGUGCAGGCUCUAAACGUUUGCAUAAAAAAAAAAGGGUAAAAGGAAAGAAAGAAGGUCAACGGUCGAUGAGCAUUACACGCACACCCCCCCCGGCUAUAUGGUUGAUGCUCGGUGAAAUUUAAUGGUCGAAAAAAAGUGUUUUAUUUGUCGCACGUGUCACAAAAUUUUAUCAAAAUUUUCGAGACGUUUUGGAAGAUUUUCAGUAAUCAAAUUUUCUAGUAAUUUUCUUCCAGAAGCCACUCGAGACUGAGUUAUAAAUUGUUAUAAUAUUACUUCUAAAAUAGGUAAUAAGAUAGUGCCGAAAAUUCUAAUGAAAUUUUAUGACCUGUACGGCAGCAAAAAUAAGAUUUUCAUGGAAGCAAAAAAAUAUUUUUUUCGUCUAUAGAUUUCUCAGAGAAUCGGCCAUAUAUCGUAUGCAUUUUGCCAAGUCGUCUACAUAUUUGAUCCUACAUACCUAUAUAGCGACUGGCAGAGAGAGAGAGAGAGAGAGAGAGAGAGAGAGGAUAUUUUCGUGGCUCGUAUAGAUACGAUGCAUACAUAUCACGAGUUCUCCCCAGCGAAAUUCUUACAAAUGCAAUCACGAAAUAUAUACUUGUAGGGCAUAUUUUGACCCGCUUUUCGAUCACAGUACUCGCAUAUAGAUGCACAUACCGCGCAUUAUAGUCGUACAUUUCGAAUUGCUUUUGUUUUCUACUGUAGCUGCGCGAAUAUAAAAAUUUACAAUUAUAUACCCGCAGUGUCUGUCUGUGCUGGGGUGUGUGUAUGUAUAUUUAUACGAUAAACCGCGUGUCGUCGCGUGGCCAUUAAAAACUCUUUAGAAAACUUUUGCAGCCGCGAAUGGUUAGAGAAAGGGGGGAAAAAAAAAGAAAGCAACCAUCAAAUCUGUCAGAAACUUUGACAUUAAUUCGCGACCAAAUAAAGUAAUUAAAUUAGUUCGAAUGAAAUGGCGAGAGAAAAAAGAAAAAAAAAUGUAUUCACGAUAUAAUCGAUCAGUUUGUAACCGUUUAUUCUUGACCUAUUAUACCCUUAUUAUCUCACACUUUGAAUAAAUCGAUAAAACGUUUAUUAAGUUGUUACGCGCGAGAAAACAGCUGUCACGAACGGGGUUCUUUCGAACUUGCUUCUAUGCUCUCUAUCCGUCACAGAUAUGUGAAAAAAUCUUAUGAAUGCACUAUAGGAUUGUAAAAUACAGGUACUUUCAUGAAAUAACGCGAGUGAAUAAAUGACGAUGAUGUACGACUAUUCUGCACGUUGGCAUUAAUUUCAAUUUAUUUUGAAAAUAGUUAAGUUAUUUACACCUGGCACAAUACAUAGAUCAUUGAAUGAAAUAUUUACAGCGAAAUGAGGUACUCGUGUAGAGUCACACUUGUAAUUCAAAAGAAAGUGACAUGCAACAGGUCAUGAUUAUAAAUAGAACACCAUUGGACACUAUUUUUAAAUCGAUUGCAAUUGCACGGUACAAACGAUUUUUUUGAAAUAUGUCUUUGUUUUUUAACGAACGAGUUUUAUUGGAUAUUACGUACACGGCAGUUUUUGAGAAAUAAUCUAACAAUGGAACCGCAACAAACACCUCAAGCUCCGAGCGAGCAACAGAUCGGAAUGAAAUUGAUGACGGUAACCAAGCAGGGGCCCGCGGCACCGAUCCUCGGCGCGCCGCAAUUGCCACAAGGCCCGAGAUUUCCAAAUCCUCCAAGUAACGGACCACCGGGUCAACCACCCGGGACAGGACCGCCGAGAUUCCCUCCGGAUAAUCGAGCUCAAUUGUUGAAUCCGAGCCAGCAGCCGCCGGUACCGAGGCCGCCGUUCAACGGGCCGGUACCUCAGCGCGCGCCACCGCCCAGAAACGUCUUCUUCGGCCGUCCACCGGGUCCACCGGGUCCACCAGGUGCUGCCGCUCCUCCUCGAUUUCCACCUCAGCCAGGACCGCCACCUCCGCCGGGAGGAGGAUUUCCAGCGGGUCCGAGACCACCCGUACCCUACGGUCAGCCGGGAUUUCCACCUCGGCCACCGUACCCAGCCGGUAGCGAGGCACCGCGGCCAAGACCACCGCUGCAGCGCACCGAGUCUCUGGGUGCGGAUAACAGACCUCGAGGAGCGCCCGGUCCGCAGCAGCCAGCUCAAACGCUCGAGGGUCGCAGGGCCCGUUUCGGUCCGAGCUUGAGCGUGGAGAGCGUCGCCGAGGUGGAGGUCCACCAGGCGCAAAGCCGGCCGAUGAGCGCCGUGAGCGAGGACGGUACUAGCGGCGGCGGCCCGGAGGCUGCGAAGGUCCUCGCCGCGCGCCCACCGACCGGUAAAAAUGUCGAGAGACAGCAGAGCAGCGAGGAAAAACAGUGCCCCGUGCCCGCUAAAAAUAACGUCAACGGCGAUCACGCAGCCGCGAACAAAGCCGAACCGGCCAAGGCCCCGGCCACGCCGGCGAACAACAACAACGAACACGGCAUCAAGGGUUUCGACGACGGGGUGAGAAAGUCACUGACUACGCCGCCACCUCCGCUACCCUCCGUAGCUGCUGCUGCUACCAAGGAAGAACCGAAGGAGAAGAAAGACGACGACGGCGACGACGUUGCCCAGAAAAAAAAGAAGAUGACCGUCGAGCUGGACGCGACGAGGGACACCGCCGACGACGAGAGGCUGUCCAAGGAGCGAGGCAUCGCCUCGGCCAAGGCCGUCAAGCAGACGGGCGAGAGUAAACCCGUGAAAAAAUCGCCGUCCCUGCAGAAAAUACAGAGAUCAGACGUCGAAAACGACAGCGGGGUUGACGAAUCGACGCAACGCCGAGAGAUCCCAAGAGCGAACGGAUUGGCGAAAAAGACGCGAGACCUCGAGAAACGAUCCAUGUCCUGCUCGCCCGUGAAGACUCCCAACAAAAGCCUGAGAUCGCCGUUGAAAACGCCCGACGGGCUGCCCACCUCGGCUCUCGAUGGCAAAAAGAAAGUGCCGAUGAACAAGAUCCAGGUGGGCGCGGCGCCGUCGCCCAAUCUCAAGGCCGUGCGCUCCAAGAUCGGCUCGCUUCAGAACGCCACCCACAAGCCCGGCGGCGGCAACAUCAAGAUCGAGAACAAGAAGCUGGACUUCAGCGGCGCCCAGGCCCGGAUCGCGGCCAAGAACGACAGCUACGCGCCCCACGGCGGCGACAAGAAGAUCCAGCAGGUCAAGCUCCAGUGGAACGCCAAGUCGAAGAUCGGCUCGCUCGGCAACACGAGCUACAAGCCCGGCGGUGGCGACAAAAAGAUCGAGUCGAUCAAGCUGGAUUUCAAGGACAAGGCCAAGCCGAAAGUCGGAUCCAAGGAGAAUACGAAACACGUGCCCGGGGGUGGGACCGUCAAGAUCGAGACGCAUAAAGUGGAGGUGAAGGCCGAGAGCAAGAUCGGCUCGUUGGACAACGUCAAGCACAAGCCGGGCGGCGGCGACAAGAAGAUCUUCGACGACAAGACGUACCUGCGACAGACGUCGUCGAGCCACGGGGGCAGCGUCAGUGGAAGUGUCGGUGGCAGCGGAACGCAGAGCCCGGUACCGUCGAGCCGAUCGGUCGACAAAAAUGGACUGCCCAUCUCGGACGAGAAUCUCAACCAAGAGCGUUAAAUUGUGCGCGUGGUGUGUGUGAUAAAUCAUCAUCGACGUUUCCAACGCAGAGAUCCAUUAUCAUCAUCGUCGUUAUUUUCCCUCGACCUUUUACCCUUGCAGCUGAUUCGUAAAUGAUAAAGUAGGAUAUAGAUAAAAUUAUCCUCGAAUAACCAUGUAACGCGUACGAUUUAUCAACGGUAUUUUUUCGAGGUAAAUGAUUUCCCUCAAGUCACUGUAUGAUGUAGUUUGUCACUGCAAUGAAAAAAAGAUCCUCGCGUUAGGAUGAUUCUCUUUUUGACGUGUUAUUCACUUCCCGACUCGACGUUUCAUGUAACGAAAAAGAAAUAAAAAAAUAAAAACGUUAACGUAAAUAAUACUCACGAUUAUCGAUUCGACGGAGACUAUGGUCGAAUCAAGAAACAUUUCUUACUAUUACAUAAUUAUUAUUAUUAUUAUUAUUACUUAUCGAAACCUACAUAGUGGGUAGACUACUCUGAGAGACACGCGACGCCACACUAAUUAAUAUACGAUGUAAAUAUAGACAAAAAGAGCUUAAAUUUAAGCUUGAUGGAAGAUGCUCUAAUAUUAUUCAUUAUAAUAUUGUCAUAGAUAACAGUAAAAAUUUUAUCCUGUAAAACGUAUGAUAUAAAGAAAAUGUUCACAAUUUAAAAAAAAAAAAAACAACAACUCAAACAAUGCUAGAUAUAAUCACAUAUAAUAAUAAAAAGUGUCUUGAUUUUGAAUGUCUUGAGUAAAUAUUUUGUAUUGAUUAAGUAUAAAUUAAAAAAUCAACGUAACAUUAAAAAAACCAUUAUCAAAAAUAAAAACUGCUUACUCACUGUUACUUUGUGAUUAUUGUUUUUCUUGCUUCUUCUUACAAUAGUAUUGAAACUCCAUUUUUUAAUUACAGAAUUUUUUACUGUAUAGAGAGCAAAUGAGAAGGAAAAACUUGAGUGUGCCUACAAUAAAGUCUUAGCUCUAAAUUUUUUCGUUUUGCAUCCCCGCGUGUGAUGUGUUUUACCACGAUAACAAGAUCAAAAUGCAUGACUGUGAAAAAAGUCGAUCGUUUUCCUAAUGAAUUAGAUAAACAAACUUGAUAACGCUUUAAUGAAAAAAAAGUUGUGUAUUUAAUUUGAAAUAGUUAGCUUAUUACCGCUUUUGUACAUAUGGAUCUAUUAAUCGCGAACCCAUACAAUAAUUGUGAGCCGCGCAAUGAUGAUGUAGGUGCGGUAGUUCAUUAAAAACAUACGUAAUGCACGUAUAUACAUUAACUAUAUUACGAAUACAAAUAGACUUUAUAAUCACGUUUCACGAGCGACAUAUGCGAAAUCGAACAUCGUAAUUGUAAUGCAAAACAACACGUAUAUGUAUUGUUAUAAUAUAAUGUAAUGAGCAUGCAUUCGACACACGAUUCAACAAAACCAAAAACUGUACUUUAUUAUAUUAUAUUAUAUAGAUAUUAUUAAAAUGAUUAUUUUGUUGUCAAGUCAA